UCACUUCUAGAGAGAGAGAGAGAGAGCUCGAGGGGAAGGGGGAGAGAGAGAGGAGGACGAAGACGACGACAAUGGCGAAGAGCGGCGGCGGCGCCGUACGAUGCCAGAGGAUCGGGUGCGACGCUAUGUUCACGGACGACGACAACGUCGAGGGAUCAUGCCGAUACCACGAUUCCGGACCUAUAUUUCAUGAUGGUAUGAAGGAAUGGAGCUGUUGCAAGCAAAGAAGUCAUGAUUUUAGCUUAUUUUUAGCUAUUCCUGGAUGCAAGACAGGCAAACAUACUACUGAGAAACCAGUUACCAAAGCUGUCUCUGCAAACCCUCGAAAGCCGGUUCCAGUUCCAUCUGCCACUCAAAACAUUAAAAGUGAUGACUCUUGUUCAAGAUGUCGCCAAGGCUUUUUCUGCUCUGAUCAUGGAUCACAGGGAAAGCCAUCAAAGCCAGCCACAGCAAAUGCCCCCAAAGAAGAAACUGUUGUUAAGGAUCCUGCUCCUACUAAGAAGAUAGUCAAUCUGAAUGAGCCGCGCACAUGCAAAAAUAAAGGAUGCGGAAAAACCUAUAAGGAGAAGGAUAAUCAUGAAACCGCUUGUGAGUACCAUCCAGGACCUGCAGUUUUCCAUGACAGGAUGAGGGGGUGGAAAUGCUGUGACAUUCAUGUGAAGGAGUUUGAUGAGUUCAUGGAGAUACCUCCAUGCACAAAGGGAUGGCACAACGCAGACGCAGCGUGAGUCGCGGCUAUCAAACCAAUUGUUCGCGUAAACCUUUUGUAGUACUAGUGGGCAUUCUGCUUCUAACACUAGUGGCAUCUGCUCUAUUAUUCUAGUCGCUCGGAAGUGUUAUUAAUCUCUUGUCAAGGGGACUAUGUAAUCUGUUGUUAUCUAUAAUUUUUGAUUAAAUAGUUGCCAUUGUCCAAUGUGAAGCUUGAUGUGUUGUGGAUCUAGUAUAAAACAGUCACUAACUUACAAGAGUUUGUAAUCUGAUAUUUAGUCCUAUUUUAACUUAAAUCUAAGAAUGUUUGCAUAGGAGAGGUAAUGUAGUUGGUUUGGUUU